AUGCCUCGCUACCUAACGCCAACGAAGAUAUGCCUCCUCGUGCUCGUCGAGCUGUACGCUUCAGACGAGAUCCCAGCGACAGCACGACUGGACGUCCUCAGCUUCAUUGCGUCUCACAUCAACCCGCCUUCAGAGUACGAUCAGUUCAGUCUAGAAGAUCGAGCUCAGGUCUCCUCUAACGACAUCACUUCCUUCUCCUCCAUCUUGUCACAAUGGCCCUCGAAGAUCCCAGGUCGUUCACUUUACGACAGGUUCCUCAACGACGCGUGGACGCUGCAUGAUCUCGAUGCUCUACACGUCUUCUUUGAGCGCGUCAACAAUGUCGUUGCCCCGGAGCAUCCGGAGAGACCCGAAGUCGCGGCGAAGAGCAUUUCUCGUGCCUCGCCGUUGGGACAGUUCAUCCGCCGGUGUUGCGUCGAGUUUACGCGUCUGCAGUUCUCCGAUUCACAGGCGUUAUGUGCGGCUUUAGCGACCUACCGUGCUCCCUCCUACCAGAAAUGGGCCACCAGGAAUCCAGACGCUGCUCGGAACCUCCAGGACCAGCCGUCGUGGGCCACUGCACCCUCGCAAGGUGAGCUGUCCCAGGAUCAGCAGACGGAAUCACUGCUUCACACCAGCGCAGAUGACACCGGCACACUGCUUUCACUCUCUAUUCACCAGCUCCAGAAACUCGGCACCCGUGUCUCUCCAUCCCUGAAGCGCCAGCUCUCGACCUGGAUCAGCGACAUCUACGACUCCUCCGCUCAGUCUCUCCAGCACUUCCUCCACUUUUUCGAGUGCUGGCGAGCUGGCCAGUACGAAGGUGCCUUGGAGAACCUGCACCGAUACUUCGACUACAGCCUCGUCGGUCGAGGAGCAGAUGGUGCAGGCGCAAGGGGCGCCGAAGGAGCUGUUGGUGGAGGGAUGGAGACGUAUUACCAGUAUGCAUUGCUGCAUUUGAGCGUGCUGCAUGCAGACUUCGAACGGUGGGGCGAGUGUGUGGACGCACUGGGAGAGUGCAUUGGGACUGCAAGAGAAAACAACGAUCCGACCUGUCUGAACUUCGCUCUCUCAUACCUACUUUACCUCCGGCAAGCACAUCCCAACACCGAAAAUGCCGCCACGUCACUAUCAACACUUUCGCGGCUGAUUGGCGGCGGCACUAAUGACCAAGACGAGAUUGCUUUCUUGAAGACGAAGGCGAGGGAUGGCAGAAAUUGGGCGCUGUUGAGUCAGACUCUUCUCGAGGAGGGAAGGGGCGAGAUGGGCGGCGUGAGUCUUCCUUCACUAGUUCGAGGCUUUUGA